AUGGAAAGCACCUUUCAACACAUCAGUGGUUACACUCCUCCAGCGCCGAUUUCGAAGUACUGCUGGCGUUCGCUUGUGUCUGCUCGUUCUCGACAGCGGCACUCAAGCACGGACGGGAGGCGGUGGCCCGCCAACGACGGGGUGGUAAUCACGUACAUCAAUGGAAUAUUUCAUUCCGUGCCUGAGUGGGAGAGCAUCACGCAACAGCUGCAGGCUCUCUUCGGGCACGAGGUGCGGUCGUUCUACAACCCUUCAUCCGGUUGGUGGAUCACAGAUGCCUCCAAGGCUGGCUACCACAUGCUCAGAAAGCCUGCCAACCACACCAUCGCACAGGCAUUGGGAGAUCACCUCGCCCAAGCGGUGGAGGACGUGGGGAGGGGGCGUGUCUUGCACAUCGCGCACAGCGGCGGUGCUCUCAUCACCUACCUAGCGGCGCAGCACCACCUCACCCGGAGGCAGCGGGACAAGAUUGACGUGGUGACGUUCGGCGGUGCUCGGAGCAUCACAAGAAAGUACUUCAGCGGGCGUGUGGUAAACUACUACGCACGGAACGACCCGCUGGUGAAGCUGGAUAGACGAGCGGCGGAGCUCAUGAAACUCACCAACAACACCAAGUUUCAGGAGGGGGCCAGACGAACCAAAAAUGGCAUUUGGAAGAUCAACGAGAAGCACAACACGACCUUCGUCUUUCUGGAGGGCCGCGCGAGGCAGUUCGUGCUCGACCACUCUUUGGAGGGACCCACCUACCAGCAUGCGUUGAUGAAGGAAGCCAAAGCCUUCCGCAGGGCGCACUUCGGCCCGCUGUCCCCGCUGUCGUGGGACUACGAUCAGUCCAUUCUCCGGCUGGUCCGCAAGAAGGUGGCGCAGCUGUCCGGAUUGCACGACUUCUUCAGCACGGAGCGCUUCGGCCUGCGCUCCAUCCGCAAGAGCGUCGCCCGCCUCACGGGUCUCCACGGAUUUUUCAGCGGCAAGAAUCCCGGCUCCAAGGGAGUGGCGGUCUCUGUGUUUGGAAGCGGGAAAGGGACGGCGGCAGCCGAUGCUGAAGGUAGCGGGGUUUCGACAGGGGUCGCCAGUUGGUGGAAGCCUUGGGGACGAAGAAGCGACGACGGAAACGAUAUCGAGGACGUAGUGGUACCGGAUGCUGCUGCUGCGGGCGCGGAGGGUGGUGCUCCUGGCGCAGGCGCUGGCGAGAGAUUCUGGCUUGGGUUCCGGUGGUCUCGGCAGGGAAGAAAGGGGCAAAGCGGCGACGAAGCAGAAGAAGGGGCUGUACCCGCAGGGAGCGUCGUCGUCGACCUUGACGAGCGGUCUCAGAUUUCGUUGGACACGGAGAACGGCCAAGCCCAGGAGCCACGGUCGACGAGCCGCUGGGCCCGGGUGCGAGGUGCUUGGGUGUUCGGCCGGGCGAAGGAGUCAAAUGUCGCGGGGGAGCUAGCGGCGUCAGAGGACGGUGGGCUUAGCGACAGCAGUGUCGAGGCGGAGGAGGAUAAGGAGGCUAGUGGUAAGGGUCGCCUUGAUUCCUCAACGCUAGCGGAGAGCAACGACAGACCGUGGCUUUCGGUGGGGUGGACGCCGUGGGGAGGGAGGACGAUGAAGCCACCGCCUGGAGAGGCAGGCGAUGCUCCGGCAUCUUCACCGGGGUCUGCGCCGGAGUCGCGGGUUGAGGAGGCCACGCUGUCUGCCGAGCACGGGGGGGCUGCUGCUGGAGAGGGAGAGACGGCGGCCACGUCGGCGGCUGCUACAAGUGGUGCCGCUGGUGUAGCCCCUGCUGUCGGCGAGGAAGCGGGCGGUUCUGCCGAUGGCGCACGGAUUGUGGAGGCGGGCUCCGCGGAUGUGGCAGCGGAGGAGGACGAGAAGGCGCUACCUCCCCGCGACGACUCGUCGUAUCUCCGGCGAUGGUGGCCUAGCAGCAGCAGUAGUAGCAGCAGCAGCAGCAGCAGCAGCGGCGGCGGCGGCGGCGGCGGCAUCGGUAACACGAUCGGGGUACCGGGGGAGGCGGACGGGGGUGGUGAUCAAGGUGGGGGCGAGUCCGUUGUCGCUGGUUCCGGCGAGGCGGCGAAGGCGGAGAAGGUGAUCGUCGCGACAAGCCCCGGCGACGGCGGUGAUGAGAGCCUGGAAGUGACGGAUCGCGAGGCCGCUGAAGGCGGCGGCGAGCAUUCCCCGGGGACCGGGGGAGAGCAGGCAGAGCGGCCGGACGGACCCGUCGUGGUCGAACAAGAGCAAGAUGCCUCGCUGUCGCUGCUGAGGAGGUGGUGGCCAGUGUCGAAGCAGGAACCCACGUCCCCGGACGAAGCGCGCUUCGAGGAAGACAGCGUCGAUGACGUCACCGCGGCCGAGAACGCUACUCGCGCAGAGGUUGGUCCGGAGGUGGGCGUUCUCUCCGCGGGGCUGGCCCACGCGUCGGCUGACGAGGGCGCGAGCGGGUCCCGGAAGUUGCCGGCAGAGCAACUGCCCGAGCUAUUGCCAGCGCAGCCGGGGAGUGAGGACGAAGGAGUGAAAGAGCAGCAGCAGCAGCAGCAGCAGGAGGGGUCUUCUGCUUCGGCGAUAAGGCCGCCACUGAUGUCGCGUUUCUGGGACGUGUUUUUUAACCGUCCAUUGGAGUUGCCGCUGCCGACGACGCAAGAAGAAUCUGUGAAUAUUGAUGUGUCUGCCGAUGGUGACGGCAGCGAUGCGCUUGCCACGGCGCGAGGUGGUCAUGGUAACGAUGUGGCUGCCGCAGAGAGCGCGGAGGGAGGAGCGGCGGGUGCGGAGGGGGUGGAAAGGGAUGGCGACCAAGGGGAGUUAAAAGACGAAGAGGUUGUCGUGGCCGAUGUCUUGCGGCCUGCUGACGGUGAUAUCCCACCACCGCCACCACGAAUAGAUGAUUCGGCACCGACACCUCCAUCUGUGGAGGAGGGCGCGGGGGAUGAGGUUACCCCGGAGGAUGACGAGGCGCGGGUGGGGGUGAAAGAGGAGGAGGAGGAUAGACGAGAGGACGAACAAGGUGCAGGGAAGGAGGGGAACGAGGAUGGAAGUCGGCGUAUCGAGGAGCAAGACGAAAGGCCGUCCGAAGGGCGGGACAAUGAUGGCGGGUCGGGAGGCGAAGACGACGUGGACAAAGAAGUCCAGCCCGUCGGUCAAAAGAACGAUGUGGGGGCAAUCCACACGCCCGCGAAGAAAGAGCGCGUGAUGGACCCUGGGGGAGGAAGUGGCAGACGGUGAUACCGGUAGCGAUGAGGGCUACGAUGUUAAUAGCACGUAGUCAGCAAGGAGGGGAAGGCCAGUUGAAGGCACCGGUGCGUUUUAAGGGGCACCGCAGCAUCGAUUGUGAUGCGAUAACGAAUUCAGCAAAGCAGCAACGAUGCUGCGGGGGAUGCGAAGCAGUGGCGGAAUCUAUCAGGCGUGCUUUAGGGAUGGUGCCCAUGCUGGCGUUCCGAGGAUGGGAGACAUUUUUUUUUUUUUGUGGCCAUAGACAGAGUGGCGCCUUGCUGUAGCAUCAGCGGUAUGUGUCUUGGGUAAAGAGGAGCAGCUGGUCGCUGGCGUACUAUUAAUUUUAAUCAAGCAG